GUGCCGGCAGGUGGAGGGAGAAGGGAAAGUUUGGCCCGUGCUUGGGGUUCGGGUGGAGGGCGGGACGGAGGGGCAGGGCCGGCUGGAAGCUUGUUUCGCGGUGCCGCGGAGAUUGAGGCCGGCUCGUGGGCUGGGCCGGGGACUGCGGGACGCGGAGCCGCGGGAGGCGAGGUCGGCCGCAGCCGCGCGUCCCCGCCUCGGGGCCGCGCUUGACCCGCGCGCCCCGGCGUCGUGCGCCCCAAGGCUGGGCCAAGCGGCGGGUUGGGGGCGGCGGCUGGGCGUGGGGAGGCGCGCGGCGAGGUGACCCGAGAACCCCCAGCGUGAGGAGCACGGAGCUAGGCGCUGCAGUCGUCAUGUCGGAGGACUCGAGCGCCCUGCCCUGGUCCAUCAACAGGGACGACUACGAGCUGCAGGAGGUGAUAGGGAGUGGAGCAACUGCCGUGGUCCAAGCAGCUUACUGUGCCCCCAAAAAGGAGAGAGUGGCAAUCAAGCGGAUAAACCUGGAGAAGUGUCAGACUAGCAUGGAUGAGCUUCUGAAAGAAAUCCAAGCCAUGAGCCAAUGCCAUCAUCCUAACAUUGUGUCUUACUACACGUCUUUUGUGGUAAAGGAUGAGCUGUGGCUCGUCAUGAAGCUGCUAAGUGGAGGUUCUGUUCUGGAUAUUAUUAAACACAUUGUGGCAAAGGGGGAGCAUAAGAGUGGAGUUCUGGAUGAGCCGACCAUUGCUACAAUCCUCAGAGAAGUCUUAGAAGGAUUGGAGUACCUGCAUAAGAACGGGCAGAUCCACAGAGAUGUGAAAGCUGGAAACAUUCUUCUAGGAGAAGACGGCUCUGUGCAGAUUGCAGAUUUCGGUGUUAGUGCUUUUUUAGCCACUGGUGGUGACAUUACCAGAAAUAAAGUGAGAAAAACGUUCGUUGGCACCCCAUGCUGGAUGGCACCCGAAGUUAUGGAGCAGGUUCGCGGUUAUGAUUUUAAAGCUGAUAUUUGGAGUUUUGGAAUCACAGCUAUUGAACUGGCCACAGGGGCAGCUCCUUAUCAUAAAUAUCCACCAAUGAAGGUUUUAAUGCUGACACUCCAGAACGAUCCUCCUUCUUUGGAAACUGGUGUUCAAGAUAAAGAAAUGCUGAAGAAAUACGGAAAAUCAUUCAGAAAAAUGAUUUCAUUAUGCCUUCAAAAGGAUCCAGAAAAAAGGCCAACAGCAGCAGAACUGUUGAGGCACAAGUUUUUCCAGAAAGCAAAGAAUAAAGAAUUUCUUCAAGAAAAAAUACUCCAGAGAGCACCUACCAUUUCUGAAAGAUCUAAAAAGGUCCGCAGAGUCCCCGGCUCCAGCGGCCGUCUCCAUAAGACAGAGGACGGAGGCUGGGAGUGGAGUGACGAUGAGUUUGAUGAGGAGAGCGAGGAAGGGAAAGCUGCUAUUUCUCAGCUCAGGUCUCCCCGAGUAAAAGACUCAUUAUCAAAUUCUGAGCUCUUCUCGGCAGCUGAGCCCAUGGGGACUUUGCUUCAAGUUCCAGAACAGAUUUCUGCGCAUCUACCUCAGCCAGCUGGCCAGAUGCCCACACAGCCAGCUCAAGUCUCUCUCCUGCCCCCUGCAGAGCCAGCAAAACCAGCACAGGCUCAGUCUUCAGGAGAACGGUCCCAGGAGACCAAGAUCCCUAUCAGUCUAGUGCUAAGAUUAAGGAAUUCCAAAAAAGAACUAAAUGAUAUUCGAUUUGAAUUUACUCCUGGGAGAGAUACAGCAGAGGGUGUUUCUCAGGAGCUCAUUUCUGCUGGCUUGGUCGAUGGAAGGGAUUUAGUAAUAGUGGCAGCCAAUUUGCAGAAGAUUGUGGAAGAGCCUCAGUCAAACCGAUCUGUCACUUUCAAACUGGCAUCUGGUGUUGAAGGCUCGGAUAUUCCUGAUGAUGGCAAACUGAUAGGAUUUGCCCAGCUCAGCAUCAGCUAAACCACAGUCCUGGAAGAGUCAGCCUAGGAGAUGCCACACGUGCACACACUGUUGCUUCUGUUGGCCUGAACCUACAACUGCCAAAGAACCCAGCAACGAACCUCCCAGCUUGGAGCUUUAGUUUUUUUUCUUUGUUUUUCUUGCUGCCCUUCUCCCUGCCCCCCUUUUCUUACAAGGAAAGAAAAGUUGGAUCACCAGUGGCCAACCUCCCCUCAGAGAGUUCCGUUGGUAGAUGCGCUGCUCAUGUCCCCUCUCCCUCCAUCUGAGAAGCAGAAGCGGCCAGUGUGCCUCAAGGCCCAGGAUGGAAGUCUCUCAACUCAUUCUUGCCUUACUACAGUGAUGGUCCCAGUGGAUAGAGCAGCUGCACUGGGCAACCUCAUCUUGCCUGCUCUCCCACACCUGCUGGGACAUGAGCAUCUUGGGAUAUCUCUUUAACACUCAAGUAGCAAUUAAAGUUGAUUGUUCAGCUGGAGCCCAGAGAAUUUAAUUAUUAUUAUUUUUUCUUUCUUUGUACCUGACGUGAAUUCUAGCAACCUUUGUUAGGAAAAAGCACAGCCUCGAAUGUAGGCAGCCUAAACUCUUGUCUGUCCUCUUCAUGGUGUCUCUUCCGUGUUUUGCUGAGCUGUUCUCAGGCAUCCUCACUGCUCCCUCCUGAAAGGGUUGCUAGCCUUAACUUCAGCUGGUGCGAAACAUCUGACUGUUGUCAGACUUAAGCCAUCUGCUCCUGCAGAGUGCAGCUUUGGUUGGUUUGUGCGGAAAACAGCAAGCAAUGGCUUAUAAAUCUUAUCUUGCCAGAGGUAGUUUUUGAACAAGAAAAGGAACUUUGUAAAUCAUAUCAUUGGGAAAGUAUUUUCAAUAUUUAAAAAAAUUAAACUGAGGAAAAACUGAUCUUUGAUCCUCCUGUGAAGAUGGAUUGGCCUGGCCUCUUAGUCAUGCGGAAAUGGUGUACCCGGCUGAGAGUCUUACAGCAAUAAAGGCCGCCUUCUGCUCCUCUCUUGCACUGACUCUGUGGAGGGGAGGGGGGUCUUCAUUCGCUAAACUGACCCAGGAUGGAACAUGAAACCACACGUGCCGUGACCUUUAGGUUUAUGAGUAGACAGUGUUAAUUUGAUUUUCUACAGGAAUUAUGUAACUUAUUCUUUAGGUUUAAAAAGAGUGCUCAAUGGCUAUUCAGAGAAGCCCUGUCUCAAAACCAAAACCAAAAACACGCUCAAUGCAAUAUGGGAAUAAUCAGUGAGGUUGACUUUCCCCACUGUUGAAUAGCAUUUGUCUAAUUGCUAAUAAGCCUGUCAAGUUACCAAAUUUUAUUUAAGAAUGGAAUAGUUAGUCUGGCCUUAAAGAGACACACAAAGAUGGGCUGUGAGCCCCUAGAAAGGGACUAGUUAGUUGCCUUUGAUAAAAUUCCUUGCACCUGCCAUUGUUGGUUUGAUGAACAAGAUUUGGUGCCCAGUAUGAUCCUACCCUCACCCAGAUAAACCAUAGGACUCCUCCCACAAGCAGCUCUAUUGACUUUUCUCUUGGACCACACCUGUAUGCUUUCCCCAUCUCUAACUUGUGCCACCUCAUGUUUCGUUCAUGCUGAGUCAUGGACUUUUGUACUAUUGCGUGCAAAAGCAGGUUGGGAAAGGUGUUGUAGAGGAAGAGAAGAUGGAUUUGAGAGGGGAGUUGGGAGAAUAGAGAGUCCAAGGUCCCAGCAGGUUGGUAAAAGGAGGAGCCUACCAAGCUAGGAGGGCGAAAAAAACGACUGACCAGCUCGUUGGAAAAGCAUUUACUUUUUCUUCUUUCCCCACUUGUUAGAGGUAGGGUUAUGACGAAGCAAAGACAGGAGGUGGGGGUUAAGGUGUGGGAAGCAGGCAGUGUUAACCUUGCUGUAGAAUCCAGUUUGGUUUUAGGAACUUAAUGCACUUAAGGACUCGGGAAGGAAUAUGAUAUCAUUGUUGUGGCUUUUGACUUGGAGGUGGUCCAGUGCCAGGCUGGAAGUAAGCAGCAGCCCAUCUCCUGUUCACAUUCUCUAGACUGUCAUCACCUUUGCCCUGCUCUGGGGGACAGACAUGACAGUAAAAGUGUCCUGGGACUCUUUCCGUUCAUUGUUUGCUUUUUUGGCAACUAGGAGGUCGGCACUAAGACCCAGGACAAAGUAACGUCCCUGUGAUGUGUGGUGACUUCCCUCUGCUGGCUUAUGCAGUGAUGGUGAGAGAACCAGUUGGUGGAAACUGCUGAGGUGGGGCAGCUGGGAACCAGGGAGCCGGAGCAAUGCUUCAGGGGGUACUCUGUCACUAAGCCCUCAAGAUACCCUUGUCCCUGAAGUAGGGACUAACUAUAGCACAAGAUAGUAUGUGCCAAUAUAGCCAAGAUAAUAUGUGAAAUGGUCUUUCUAAAUGAUUAAAGGAAUCAUUUGGGUUGGUUCUUGUUUUUUGUGUUUUCCCUCUGUUUUCAACCAAAUCCUAGAGCCAGCUGAGACUGCUAAGUAAUCUGAAGGCUAGAGCAAGGAUGUACCAGUAAUGUCAGUCCCUCAUUAGAAUGUUUGCUGGAUGGUGGAAGAUGUAAAAUAUUACCUUCUCCCUCUUCUCUUGACUUGUAUUUUACUGCAUGUUUUGUUUUUUCAUUUUUAAUCAAUAAAGAGUAAAUUGUCCUUAAUGAUA